AUGAUAAUAUAUGACGGGGAAAAGUAUUCUUGCGUGUCCUGUAUCCGAGGCCACAGAUCAUCCACAUGCAAGCACAGCAACAGAAUGCUCGUGAAGGUGCGCACGAGGGGGAGGCCCUCUGCCCAAACAGUGCGCAAAGUAAUUUUGGUUGACGCAAGCUCUCAAGUUAAUUCUGGGCUUCACGAGGAAGGUGACGGUGGGUCUCCUUCAUGCUGCUCGUCUGCCGGGGCGAGGUCUUGCUCGAAAAUGAACAAGCAGCCAAUCCUCUUUCUACGUACCAUGAGCAUGCAAAAAGCACUUCUGGUAGAUGGGGCGCUCAAAAUUAUGAUAGAGGACAACGACCCAAACUUCCAAGGCAGAUAUAAAUUUGUAUCUGAAAAGGACUACUUGCUUAACCAUUUAGAUACUUCGCAAAAGGGAUGCGCAAUGAGCGCGGAAAGUAUUACAAGAGCUGGCAGCUCCGAAGCUCAAUCUCUGGAGCGCUUUCUUAGUGAAGGUAUGUCGCCGGCGAGCAGCUCUAACAAGCAAGAGUUAUCAGAAAUUAAAUUCGAGGGCCACCAUGAGACCCUGGUCUACCCCGUUCAAAACAUACCACGCGAAGCAGGAAACGCUUCUCCCGAAAUUGCUAAUAAUUCCAUGGUUGAGCUCUUUACUCACAAGGGCGUUUAUUUAAGCACCCAAUGUAACUGUGCUGAUGGCAAUUGCCUUUGCGUCAAUUGUCUCAUACACAGGAAAGAGGAGGAGCUAGAGAAAUACAUUCAGCAGAGCGGAGUCCCUCUUUCUACCAUAGGAAAUGGCCGGAUCACUUUUCCGGAAGAGCAGUCUCCAAAUAAUACAUUUAUCUGCCGAUCUCCAGCGGAAGACUGCACCGCCCAAGAAUGUCUCCUACAUCCAGAAGAGAUUAUUCCACUUAACCAAAUAUUUUUAUAUGGGCUGGUGAAUGUUCCAUUGAGGCGAAAACAUGUUAUAAAGUUCAGACACAAACUCAUUCCGUCUAAAUUUUGGUGGCAUCUUUUGAAGGAGGAACUGCCGAGUAUGCCUCAGGACCAAUGGUCAAAAUUCGAACUUUUAAGCUGGUUCGAACAUAUCAUCAAAUCAUUCGACUCCGAGAUCCCUAAUGAGCCUAGUGGAGAUGGCGUUAAUUUGCAUUCAAUGGGGCUGAUGAUGAAUGCCUGA